GAGCCGCGAUGCCCUUCUCGCCGUCGGGCGCGGACGAGGCCUUCGACUACCUGUUCAAGAUCAUCCUGAUCGGGGACUCCAACGUGGGCAAGACGUGCGUGGUGCACCGCUUCAAGACGGGCCAGUACAACGAGAAGCAGCAGAACACCAUUGGCGUGGACUUCACCGUGCGCUCGCUGGACAUCGACGGCAAGAAAGUGAAGAUCCAAGUGUGGGACACUGCCGGCCAAGAACGCUUCCGGACGAUAACCCAGUCUUACUACAGGAGUGCUCAUGGGGCCAUUCUUGCUUAUGACCUUACUAGGAGGUCCACGUUUGAGUCCAUUCCUCACUGGAUUCAUGAAAUUGAAAAGUAUGGUGCUGCAAACCUGGUCAUGAUGUUAAUUGGGAACAAAUCAGAUUCACCAGACAAGCGCCAGGUGCUGUUUGAGGAUGCGUGCACCCUGGCAGAGAAGUAUGGGCUCUUGGCCGUGUUGGAGACAUCAGCAAAAGAAGCCCAAAACAUUGAGGAAGUGUUUCUGCUAAUGGCUAAGGAGCUAAUGGCCCGAAAUACGCUGCAGCUUCACGGAGAGAAUCCUCCAAACAGCAUCUACCUUGACUCCAGACCAGUGAUUGCCAGUCCAAGUGCAGAGAAGACCCAGUGCCUCUGUUGAAGAGAGGUUUUGGGAA